AAUCUGUUUUCCAUACCAUUUUAAUUUGAUGAUGGGAGAUUUUGAUUUCUGCCCACUAGUGUUCAAGUCUACAAGAAAGAGGCACAUGUGGAUAAUUGGAGGGCUGUUUGGAAUGAUUAUAAUGCUUCAGUAUCUUAAAGCUCCAUAUGGAACCAUUUCAGGAUCUUUCUUUUCUCUUAAAAAAUUUGGAUGGUGGGGGAGUUCAAUCACAGGGAAUGAAACAUACCAAAAGACUAAUGUGAAGGAAAAUAAAACUUCCAAGAAUGGGUCAUUGGUAUUAGACAAUGGGACAAGCUUGGUAAAUUCAAAACCCGAAUCGGAUCGACAUGAUCACCCGGGUGAUCUAACCAUAUCACCCGAAAUGGGUAAAACUUUAGAGAAUGGAUAUUUGCCAUUAGAGCCAAUGGUUUCACCUACUCCUUUGCCUCAUCAAUCUGGAAGUGAUCCAUGUACAAC